GAAGGUAUACGCGUGCAUGGAUACACGAACACGCACACGGACCGAAAAGAGAAAGAAAAUAAGAGGGAGGUAGAAGGAAGAAGGCCGGCAGUAGACAAGAGGAGUGGUAGAGGAGCACGAAGAAGCAAGUUGGCAGAGACAGCGUCGAGAGAAGUGGUGGUCGUGGUCGGUCGGUUGGUCGGUGGCAGUUCGAGUCUGUCGUCAGGUCGAGAGACGUGUGGUUAGGAUCGACUCGUUGGCAACGUUCUCUCCGUGCUUCUACGUUUUUCUCCUUAUCUCCGUUGAAUUUCUCGCCAGCCGAAUGAAAUUGUGCAAUCGAGGCCUACGUUCACGACGUCUCUCAAUAUGGGUUAAAUGGUGUUUUUCGGACGUGACUCGACAAGAUCGACGAUCCGAUUCUACCUGUUGUGCGCAAACUUCGAUCGCCUGUGUAUUUCCAAGUGAAAAGUAGUGCGUGUAUCGUGUAAGUUUUUGCCGGAACGCAUCCUACCGAUCGAACGACAUUCGUUUAUUCGUGUACUCGUUUCUCUCGCUCUACGUUCCGUAUAUAGCUCUAGGAGGGAAUCGAAAGGAAUAUUGCUCGUUGCAAGUAAAGAAGGAAAGAAUAGGAGUGGCGGCAAGUUAGUUUAUCGGAAUCGAAUGAACCGUAUGCGUCGACGACGACGUCGAAGACGAGAACGACGGUAAUACGUAGUCGCUGAUGAUAGCGCAACGAAACACGGAUAAUGCGGCAACUACGUGACCGACCGAGCAACAUUCACCAGUGCGAGAGAUCAACCUCGACCUCCAAACGUUUUGCCGACAGUGUAGUCUCCAAGAGUUUACGCUUUGGAGGGACAAGAAAUAUUCAGGAAUGCCAUCCUUUUCCCUAUACUUACUUGGAAGACUGUGAUGCCGCGAUCGUAGAAAACUUUGUUCGUUCGAUUUCUACGAAAAGAUUCUUACGUAGGUCCGCGAGAAACCGUUAAUCGAGACUAGAUUGGAUCGAGCGAAGUAGGACAAAGUGCAAUAAUCCUACUUAAGGACAAAUUCGUGCCGUGUAUUUCUUCUAUCUUUUCGAUGCGCGGGCAAGAUCAAGAAUCUUCGGAAAGCGUUGCUGGAUCGGGAACAAAAGUCGUUGCUUCGAUCGAUCGAGCGUUCGAUUUUAAAUACGCGUAGACUAUUUUUCCUAUCUGCAUAAUUUACCUGGAUACUACCAUUCCGCGGUAGCAUAGUAUUACUGAGAAAGGCUGCAAUGAAAACUAAGUACCUUAUAACGUACCAAAUAAAUGCGAAAUAGGUCGUUCGUUUUGAUAAGAAUUUUAAGGAAACGUACAUAUUACGCGGGAGACGUCGGAAGAAUUUACAAAGAACUAGUUAAUCCGAUGUGAUUUGUCCUUUCUAUUUCUCCGUAUUCUCCGUAUUACGUUUGCAGAAAAAAUAAGAAAAUUCAACGAAGAUACGAAUUCCGUUUGUCGUUGGACGGUAAUCGACUGCAUCGAACAGCAGGGAAGAUCAGCGAAAGAACAGCCAUGACUUUGGAUCGAUCGGACGAGCAAGGGCGCAUUUAGAAUACAGAAAGAGUCGUCGAGGUAUGUGCAACAAGUUAAGGGGAAGCACGUGACUGUUAGCUGCUAAAGCAAACAUCCGAGCAACAUAGAUAAAGUUGGAAGCGACGACCGCGAAACUUGAGGUACGCGCGCGCACAAGAAAAUAUGUACCUAUACUUGUACGUUCUCUUCCUGGCGAGUCGUGAGAAAAAACUCGCUGGCCGAGUUUAAAGGAAACGUCGAACAUCGGAAUCGGCCGGUUGGUUAUGAAUUACGGAAGUAAGAAAAAAAUAGGAAAAACAAAAAGUGUACAUUGAAUUUCGUGAUCGUACGUUGCCGAACUUAUCGUCGAUGCGCCUAUGCCACGUACUCCGAAACGAUAUAGGAAAUUUGCUCGAGUUUCCUAAAUAAUCUUAUCUUCGCGGAAGGGUGUAAAACCUUGAAUGACUUUUCCAUUCUGCGGGUUUGUGUUUCGCUCGUCCGACGAGAGGACGAGACAAAUGCCCGUCGCUUCGGAAGAUUGGGUCCCGCACCCGGCUAAAAUAACCAGUUCCAUUACUACCGUCAAAGGUACCACUAUCCAAAGUACUACCACAGCUUGGAUGUCGCCGUACAGCAGAGCAUCUCCGUCCGAACGUCCAACUUCCAACAACAACAACAAUAAUGGAGUUGUUAUACUCGAAGGAUGUAGACCACCUGCUGCCACCACCGCUAGAAGGUUUCUCAGGUGGUUUAGCAGACUUGGUCAACCACCAAUCGGAAAAUCAGGGGUGCUGGAGAUGGCGGCCACAGAGAGCACGAUCCGUUUCAGCGGCCAUACAUUGGACAAAGCUACAAAGGCCAAGGUAACGUUGGAGAAUUACUACAGUAAUCUGAUAGCUCAGCACAUCGAGCGAAAGCAAAGGCUCGCGAAAUUAGAGGAAUCGUUGAAAGACGAAGGUCUGUCGGAACAACAGAAGCAGGAGAAACGGUUGCAGCAUGCUCAGAAAGAAACUGAGUUUCUUCGUUUGAAACGUUCCCGACUUGGCGUCGAAGAUUUCGAGCCUCUCAAAGUUAUCGGCAGAGGUGCUUUCGGAGAGGUAAGACUCGUGCAAAAGAAGGAUACCGGGCACGUGUAUGCGAUGAAAAUUUUAAGAAAAGCCGACAUGCUGGAAAAAGAGCAAGUGGCGCACGUCAGGGCGGAAAGAGACGUCCUAGUGGAAGCGGAUCAUCAAUGGGUCGUAAAAAUGUAUUAUAGUUUUCAAGAUCCUAUAAAUUUAUAUUUAAUCAUGGAGUUUCUUCCAGGCGGUGACAUGAUGACGUUGCUGAUGAAGAAAGAUACGCUUUCCGAAGAGUGCACGCAAUUUUAUAUUUCGGAGACAGCGUUAGCGAUCGACUCUAUACAUAAACUGGGAUUUAUUCAUAGAGAUAUCAAACCGGACAAUCUGUUAUUGGAUGCACGAGGUCAUAUAAAACUCUCUGAUUUUGGAUUAUGCACGGGUCUGAAAAAGUCCCAUAGAACCGAUUUCUACAGAGAUCUCAGCCAAGCAAAGCCUUCGGAUUUCAUGACAUCGUGCGGAAGCGGAAGUGGCGGCGCGAUGGAUAGUAAAAGAAGAGCAGAAAGCUGGAAAAGAAAUAGGAGAGCUUUGGCUUACAGUACAGUAGGAACACCCGAUUACAUAGCUCCGGAAGUAUUUUUACAAACAGGUUAUGGACCUGCUUGUGACUGUUGGUCCUUGGGAGUUAUCAUGUACGAGAUGCUCAUAGGAUAUCCUCCAUUCUGCAGUGAAAAUCCCCAAGAAACUUACCGGAAGGUUAUGAAUUGGAGGGAAACCUUAGUUUUUCCACCAGAAGUUCCCAUUAGCGAGGAAGCUAAAGAUACUAUAAUCAGGUUUUGUUGCGAAGCCGAUAGAAGAUUAGGUGCGCAAAGAGGUAUAGAAGAACUUAAACUAGCCCCUUUCUUCCGUGGCGUCGAUUGGGAACAUAUCAGAGAAAGGCCAGCAGCGAUUCCGGUCGAAGUACGUUCUAUCGACGAUACUUCCAAUUUCGACGAAUUUCCCGAUGUGAAAUUGGAGAUACCAUCCGCGCCAAUGCCUCAAGAUGGGGAGGUAAUAUACAAGGACUGGGUAUUCAUUAAUUACACGUUCAAACGAUUCGAAGGUUUGACGCAACGAGGCACGCCAACCAAGAAAUAGCAACACUCUAUUUCUUGCUCGGUUUCGACCAGUCAGCAGCCUGACGCAACUGGAAUUCCGGCCUUGGUACAUAACCCGUACCCUCCGAUGUCAUCAACGGCAUCUCGAACGGAUGGUUGAUUCGUUUUAUCUUCUGAAUACGGUCCAGUCAAUCAUCGGCAGUCAGACGCUUUUACAUGUACAUACGUGAAGUGAAAUAGUCACGACGUACGUACAUAGGUACACGUUAUCGUAUGAAAAUGCGAAAGAAGAAUUAGAAAAGAAAGAAGAGGUAAAAGGACAAGAAAGAACAUGACAAAGACGAUAAAAAACGUCGUGUUGUUUUAGGACAAAGGACAAAAAGAAAAAAAAAAAACGGAGUGAUAAAUAUUCCGGAGACGAGCAGGUGCAAAAAUCGUUGCACAUGUGAUAAGGAAGAACCGAAAUAUUUUCAUGCGCACUGUAACGUUUUUAGCGAUGUCGCAAUUAUAAAACACGUUUGUUUUUCGUUCUAUCGUGAAUACUGUUUCCAUCCGAUCUUCGAUGCGUAGCAUAAUAAGAUCUCUUUCUCUUCCUUCCUCCCUCCUCUCUUUCUCUAUCUUUCUUUUUAUAGUAAAAACAUUAAUGAUAGGAGCAAAGAUGGAGCCUCGGUCCCGUGAUUCUCGCAGAAUGUGUAUAAUCUUUGUAUACCGUUUCGGUCGAUGUCUUUCUCUGUCUAACGAAGCACUGCUUUAGCUCUCGUUUUCAGCUCUCUUUUAAACGUUGUAUUUAUAGCUAGUACUGUGAUAUAAUAUUGUUUAAAAGUUUUGUAUAAAAAUUACCGUUUUGUCUGUUAAUGAUUACUGAACUUUACGAAUGUUGUAUUCUGUUCGAUUAUGCUUAGGUUCCGUUCAAAAAAUUUAAAUAUUUGUUGGUAUAAAAAAGGUAUUUUAUAUUUAUAUAUUUUUUGAGAGCUUUUGUCUGGAUGGUGUGCAGGAAUUGCACGAAAAAUAAUUGGUGAAAUAUUCAACAAGAUCGAUCAUGUGUUUAAUCUCGUAGAUUUUGUUAGAUAGUUCAGAUUUUAUAUCGAUCAAUAGCAUCUCGCACGAAUAUUCGGAAAUUUGUAUCGGUGUACGACGAACAUUUUUUAAUUUGUUAUUUACAUGUAAUUAUAUUUUUCGCUAUGAAACUCUGUAAUUUGGAAUAAUCCAAUUAUAAUGUGUAGGUAUCGUGGCACAAGCUUUUGCGUAACUUUUGUGCUUUGUAGUUUUUUGUAUCAACAUAUGAUGUAUCAUUAAAUAAAAUGUAUUGCAGUUAAUUAACCAAUUGGAUAAGAGAAGAAUUACAAUGUAUAGAGAAUAAAAGGCAUGCAGAAGGAGAAUCAUACAAGGUACCGGGUCUCCUUCUUAGAGAAAAUUAACAAACGGUUUUGUUCGUGCCUGAGCAUUAUGAAAAUUGUAAAGCUUUAAAAGCAGCUUAAACGAUGUAAAAACGGAAAAUAACGGAUACAUUCGUAAAAUUCAGGGCUCCUUCGUUGCCUUAUUAAGGUUCCUAACACGUAUACACACGCGCAGCCCAACCCAAAAACUACAGAAGGCGACGCUGGGUAAACCAUAGUUAGUAAUGGAACAAGAGAAAACGCUAAGAGGAAACGCUAAUUGAUGUAAUUUAGUGAUCGAUGUACAUACAUAUAUCUUUUAUAGUAAUUUUACAUUGAUUGAAAUGGAAACAAUUACACAGGGAUGUGCCAGGUUUCCGCGGUCAUCCUUUUCUCUCUUUCUCUCUUUUUUUUUUUUGUCUAUUAUUUUGUUAUCCAUUUCCAUUUUACAUUGAAUUUUAAACGAGAAAUAACGUUUACUUCCGAUUCGCUCGAGUAAUCGUUAAUUAAUUUGCAUUUGCUAACGAACUGGAUCGUAAUGUCGUUUAAGAGGUUGGUGCCCGAGUACGUAGCACUAGCGAUUGGAUUAUGCGAAAUCUAUCGCACACGGAGGGGAAAAGAACCACGUGUGUGGUGCAUAACACAAUCUCAGUCGAUGAAUGUAGUUUCAUUUCAAAUAUAGCUAUAUGCAUAUAUUUAAUUUAUUUAGCUAUAUAAAUAUAGCUAUACAUUAUGUAGUUUACCGACAGCCAGGGCACCGCGUUAUUAAUAGUACUAAUGAUAAAUAAGAUAGAAAACUUCUAAAUAAAUAACCUUAAAGUGGUAACGUACGAAAGUACCUACGUAUGUGCGCACGCUCGAGACGUAUCGCGUACCGGCUGAUAGUACUUGUAUCAAAGUUAUCUGCUCCUUCCUAGUACGAUCCGGCGUAUAUUCGUUAACGAAAUUCACGCAACGCGAUGUUGUUGCACGUAUAUGUAUGUGUUUAAGAGGCGUUAGUUUCGUGCGUCUUUGUCGGCGAACACCUCCAGCGUACGAGUGUGGAGCACGAAACAAUCGUAACGCUUCGCGUCAUGCGAAACAAGUAUUUCAUUCGCGCGAGUGUUGUGUUUAGAAACGGAUUACGAGCCAGAAAAAAGGUUGAGUAGGACGAUUAUCGUUGUAUCUCAAAGGUGUUUACCUUUGAUUCUGUGAACGAGUGUACCAUGAUUCUUCGUACAAUCGCUUCUUAACUGGACGUUGAUAAGGUGCACGGUUGGUGCUCCACGCUCUGAUGCUCGAAGCGCGAGUAGCCUUACGUCGUACGAAAUGAACACACUUCGAUGUAUAACUUUACGAUACAGAGUGCUUAGAUUUAUGAAGUGCGACAGUUUUUAAACGCAGGAAACACGAAGUAAAAAGUAUAAUAGCAACACUAUUUUUUGCACCGGUAGAAACGAAAACAAAGAACAGUGGAGGUGAAGGUGUGCAAGUGUAAUAUAGAGGAUGCGUCGUAUUGGUGUGUAUGCGCGCGCGCGCGCGCGCGCGUGCGAAUCGUGUGAAAGAAACGGUGGCUAGGAACUCGGGAAUCAUCGGAGGAUAGAAGAAUCGAGAAACGAGUAGGGAAGGAAAACCGUAGGAGAAGAGUAAAGAGUAGAACGAGAUACAGAAGAGACGAGAGGGGGGAGAGAGACGGUUGUUGCUGUCGAGUUCAGAUACUCUGAUACCGAUAGAGAUACUCUGGCGUCCAAUGCUACUGAGUAAACGAACCAAGUAAUCGCGAUUUAUUUAUUUUGAAAAGAGAGUUAAAUAAAAUAAAACAAUAGCCACGAGAUGCCUUCGAUGCAGCAAAUGUUUGAUGCCCUGAGCAAACAAGAAUACGUGCGCGUUAAAGACGCAACGCCGCAAAUAGGUUGGAAAAUUGCGUAAUCUGUGAAAUUUAGAUAAAUAUUAUGAAAACACAUCGACUCGGAAAAAAACGUUUGCGAUUGAAAGUUAACCGAAGGUGACGUCACGUAUGCUUACAUACUUGUACGACGACUACUUGUAAUAACGAUUUUUUGUGAACGUACCUCAAAGGAAACUCCAAUAGAUUAUAUGAUAAUAUUCGUCGGUGAAUGUUGUAAAUAUUAAGAAGCGUUCGAGUCGUAGCGUUGGUCGAAUUGUGUGUCGAAUAAAAAAAUCAAGUAAUAUUUCAUCAAAGUAUAUUACAACAUUGCAUUUCGACUUCGACAGAUGAUUUAAUUGAUUGUCUCUCGUAUCGCUGUAGUUUGCGUGCAACGAUUUCUAAUAAUAAUAAUAAUAAUAAUAAUACAAUAAUAAUAAUAAUAAUAAUAAUAAUAAUAAUAAUAAUAAUAAUAAUAAUUACACGAAGAAACGCUAAAUUAACCGAGAAGUUUAAAGUUCGCAAUUAGUCGAUGCGUACAAUUGGACGAUCCGUUCGAAACGAUCUCGUAACAUCGAUUAAUUUGAAAAAAUCGAUACAAGCAACUACUUUGCCUUUUCUUUUUCGAACAAGAAUAUUACCGAUACUAUCGUACACGUAUAUUUGAUACACGGUCGAUUGGCCGUCGAACGUAUCGUAUAAAUAUCAUUGUACCUAUUCGCUUAGGAACGUGGCUUUUAAGCAACAGCAACGCUGAUUCUGUCGAGUGUUUUCGGACGCGUUCCACGUUAGUAUCAGCGUGCGCGAUUCAUUUCGGUACAAUAAGUUACGCGUGUAACGUUUCGCGUUAAACUUCGGUCGUUUUAAAUGGAAAAUGAGAUAAGGAAAUGGCUGUUUUCAAACGUUCGAGCGUAGAUCGUACUUUGUCCAAACUAGAGCUAUCCGUUACUCUGUUGUUCUUUUUAUUUUCGUUUGAUCGCGCUCCAUUGAAUCGAUAAGAAGUAAGUUUGUCAGGGUUCGCAUAACGUUCCGAUGCAUCGACACCCGGCGUCCUAUCGAAAAACGAUUGACAGAGAAUUCGUUGACGAAAGAUUCGUCACGCGACGAAUUACACGUAUGAUGCGAAAUGCAAGCAAAUCAGCGAAUUCAGCGAUAUUUGAAAACUGUCUCGUCUCGAUCGAACGCCACGUUUGCGUAGCUUUGAAAUUUUGUAAUCGAACGAUCCGUAUUUCCAGACGAAUCCACUCUUCUCGUCGCAAAUCUCUAUUUCUCUUUUCGCCGAUAUAUCCUCGUUUGUUCAAUCGAUCGAAUCAGCUUCUCGUGUGUCGAUAAUUGCCGUCUUAUAUUCCUAAUAGGUUACGUGUCAAUAAAUAAAGUAAUCAUUUUCACAAUACUUUAAAUCUCGUGAUAUAUCUUCAACGAAAGAAUUAUUCGGAAUAUUCGAUUAGACGAAACGAACGAUUACGCGAAAAUCCUUGGCGCUAUGAUUUUCUCUUGGAUGCGUUUUACUUUAUUCGUUUCCGAUUGUAUGGUAAUUUCGAUCGUACGUGAUAUCUUACGGCUUGCGAUCGAUCAUCGUCUUUUUCGUCUAACGAUUUUGUUGAAAUUCACGCGUGAAAAAUUGAAAACCGCGUUGAAAGAGGUAGGUGUGUGUAAAUCUAGUUGCAGCAGCCUUGUAUCAUAAAAUUUAUUUUCGAAUGUCGUUGUCACGAAGUCGAAUGAAAAAUAUUUCCAGUCGAAUUUCUCAAAGUAUACAUAUAUAUAAACGGGAAUGUGUUAUGUCCGGCUAACAUAGGGGAAAGAAAGAAAGGACGUUGUGGUAGAGAAGAAUAUUUACAUUUUUUCUGCUUCGGUAGUUUUACGCGUUAAAGUAAAUAAGGGCUUGAUAUCGAUAACAUAGUUUGAAAAGAAAAACAUUAAAAGAGGUAAAAUUCGUCUAAAUAGAAUGUUUAUUAUUUAUAUUACAUACCUAUAUUACACAUGACGUAAUUUUACGUCAACGGCUGUGAACGCGUCGAAUCACGCACUGCAUCGUCGGAAUCACAACAAUCGUUGCAACAUUGUACUUUUCGCAUCGGAACUUUUAUUCGACUCGCUGUCUCUUUCCUAGCGACGUUCUCCCGUUAGAGACAUCAUCGCAGCUAUCCGAUUCGAUAUUCCAAACCACCGUGAUAUAUCGAUACAGGUGAUACGAAGUAAAUCGCUCUAUACUAUCAUUGCGCAUGAAAAAUAAAUAAUUAAAUAAGACAGGAUGCAAGGCGAUGACCGAGGAGUGUUUCGUCCUAUCGUUCGUUUUUACCGUGUGAUUUCUAUUCGCGUCCUCGUUUGCAUUCACGAUCAUCCCGAUUGAUUUUCCACGUCUGCGUUCAAACGAAUAAGACGAACACGAACUCGAAAUCGCAGAGCCGGUCGAACGUUUUCGUUUAUUCCAACGGUAAGUUUGCGCGAUUUGAUCGAGGGUUUGACAUGCAGCAGUUUCGCAAACAGAAACGGGGAAAUAUAGGCGACAUACGAAGUGGAAUGCUGCUUCUCAUGCGCGAUAUAUUACAGUGUAAUUAUAGAUAUUGUCGUUAAUAAAUUGUUUUUUAUUUUA